AUGGAGGCGGUAGCGGAGCACGAUUUCAACGCCACAGCUGAGGAUGAGCUCAGUUUCCGAAAAAAUCAGAUUUUGAAGGUUUUAAAUAAGGAUGAAGAUCCUCACUGGUACAAAGCUGAGUUAGAUGGGCAUGAAGGUUUUAUUCCCAGUAAUUAUAUCAGAAUGAAUGAACAUGAUUGUCGUGCAGAUGCAGAAGCACUGUUGCUGCGACCUGGAAAUGGUGAUGGUGCAUUUCUCGUACGGCAGUCCGAGAGCUCUCCUGGUGAUUUUAGCAUUUCUGUGAGGUUUCAAGAUUCGGUGCAACACUUUAAAGUGUUACGCGACAAUAAUGGAAAAUAUUACCUUUGGGUAGUAAAAUUCAAUUCGAUCAAUGAAUUAAUAAAUUAUCACCGAUCGGCAUCUGUUUCUCGUUCGCAUACAAUUUUGCUUCAGAAUAUGGAUAGCGUGGCAGCUCAAGGUACUCAUUUGGUACAGGCCAUGUUUGAUUUUAAGCCACAAGAAGAGGGUGAACUGGGUUUCAAGCGAGGAGAUAUUAUUACUGUGACAAAUCGGGAAGAUGAAAAUUGGUGGGAAGGUACAUUGAACGGAAAAUCGGGCAUGUUCCCAGCAACUUAUGUUUGUCCAUUCAAUAAUUCUACAAGUACUCAUUAG